GCACUGCUCUGAUUAUGAACAGAGAAGAGGGUGCACUUCAACAGUCCAACUAAAUACGUAAUCGUUAGUUUUUUUGUCUUACGAUGCACAUAUUUGGAUUUCUUUGGAGUUUGGCUGUGUCGCCAUUAAUGGUUUUUAACACUGGUCCGUUUAUUUUCUAAUAUUUCAAUGGGGAUGAAUGUGCUUUAAGGGAGCGAGGAUGACAAAGAGAAUGGGACGCCGAGACUGGAGAUGGCAGGCGUUUUGGUGGCAUGUUUUCUUUCUCUUAUGGAAUAUAAUACACGGACAGACUCGUUACAGCAUCCCAGAGGAGCUGGAACGAGGCUCCCUGGUUGGAAAUAUUGCCAAAGACCUCAAUUUGGGAUUAUCAGACAUUUUUCACCGUAACCUGCGUGUUGCCUCUGAGGUUGGUAAGCAGUAUUUUAGUGUGGAUGCGGGGAAGGGCGAGCUGGUGGUGAACGACAGAAUAGACAGAGAGGCGUUAUGUGGACAAAGAGACAGCUGCGUGCUACCUCUGCAGGUUGUGGCAGAAAACCCGCUGCAGCUACACAGGAUAGAAGUGGAAAUAAGAGACGUAAAUGACAACGCUCCUACAUUUCUCAAAAGCGAUCAUGUGAUAGAAAUAGCUGAAUCCACCGUUGUAGGUGUUCAUUUUCUUCUCGAGAUGGCGGAGGAUCCCGAUGUUGGAAAUAACGGAUUAAAAACGUACACACUAAGCAAAGAUGAUUGCUUCACCCUAAGGGUUAAGGAAAUUGAAAAUGGAAGAAAAAUCCCUGAGUUGGUAUUAAGUAAAUCAUUAGACCGGGAAAAAAGGGCAGCACAUAGUUUAGUUCUUACGGCUGUGGAUGGGGGAAAUCCCGUUAAGACCGGAAUUUCAAAGAUAACCAUACAUGUCCUUGACAUUAAUGAUAAUGUUCCACAAUUUGAAAAAAGUUUUUAUAAAAUUGCUGUUCAAGAAAACAGUGCAAAUGGUUCAUUUGUUAUUACAACCAAAGCAACAGAUAUCGAUGAGGGUCUAAAUGGAGAAAUUGAAUACUCCUAUGGUGUUCACACACCCGCAUCAGUUCUGGCCAUAUUUCAUAUAGAUGCUGUAACUGGAGACAUAUAUUUGAAACAGUCAUUAGACUUCGAAACGCAGGCAUCAUAUCGGAUAGACAUUAGUGCGAAAGACAAAGGUUUGCCUAAAAUGGAGGGACAUUGUACUGUGCAGGUGGAUGUGUUAGACGUAAACGAUAAUGCCCCAGAAAUUGUGCUCACUUCCAAAUCCACAUCAGUGCCAGAAGACUCCAACAGCGGAACAGUGGUGGCUUUGCUCAGCAUACGUGAUCUUGAUUCGGGUGAUAACAGUAAAGUAAGCCUGCAGCUUCCAAAGGGCUCACCUUUUAGUCUAAAACCCUCUUUUUCUAAUAAUUAUGCAAUGAUUACAAAUGGUCCUUUAGACAGAGAGAGAGUCUCAGAGUUUAAGAUAGAAAUAACUGCUACAGAUGCAGGGUCUCCCCCUCUCUCUAGUACCAGGAUUAUCCCCGUCAGCAUCACAGAUGUAAAUGACAAUCCACCUCUCUUCAGUCAGCCUUCAUAUAAUGUAUAUUUAAAAGAGAACGGAGUGCCAGGAUCUAUACUUUACUCAGUGUCAGCAUCUGAUCUGGAUUCUGGUGAAAACGCAAAGAUCUCUUACUCCAUACUGGACUCUAAAGUGCAGGACGUCUCUGUAUCAUCUUAUGUUUACAUUAACUCAGAUAACGGAAGCAUCUACAGCAUGCACUCGUUUGACUAUGAGAAGCUGAAGGUGUUUCAGAUUCAGGUUCAGGCAAAGGACCAGGGCUCUCCCUCUCUCAGCAGCAACGCCACUGUCCAUGUUUUUAUCCGGGACCAGAACGAUAAUGCCCCCGCUGUUAUUUACCCCUCCUCCGCUGCCCUGGGCUCCCUCUCUCAUCAGAGGAUGCCCCGCUCCGUUAAAGCGGGUCACCUGGUUACUAAGGUGACGGCUGUGGACGCUGACUCGGGCCAUAACGCCUGGAUCUCCUACAGACUGGCGGAGGCCACAGACGCCUCUCUGUUCACCGUCAAUCAGUACACAGGGGAGGUGAGGACUAAACGCGCUGUGUCCGAGCAGGACGACUCCUCUCAGAGGCUGCUGGUAGAGAUCAAGGAUGACGGGGAACCGGCUCAGUCCACCACCGUCACGGUGUCCAUCCUACUGGAGGACGGUCUCCAUGAGCCCAUCUUAGACCUCCGACACAAACUGUCCGAGCCUAGCAAGAAAACUGGCAGAAUCACCCUUUAUUUGAUCCUGUCUCUGGCCUCGGUGUCCGUGCUGUCUCUGGUGACUUUUCUCAUCUUAGCGGUGAAAUGCAUCAGGAGCAGCAGAAACGGGAGCUGCUGCAUGAGACGGAGCGGCUGUGAUGAUUACAAGAACCCCAACAGAAACCUGCAGAUUCAGCUCAACACUGAUGGACCUAUAAAGUACGUGGAGGUCCUGGGAGGAGACAUGAUGUCUCAGAGUCAGUCCUUCAGGUCCUGCAUGUCUCCAAUGUCAGAGUACAGUGAUUUCACUUUGAUCAAACCCAGCAGCACCACAGACUUUAGAGAAGUCAUCAGUGUUCUGGAUGCGUCUUUACCCGACAGCACCUGGACCUUUGAGAGCCAGCAGGUGAGCUAAAUCAAAUUGCAUUUACACA